UGUACGGAAAUUGUUUUCGCGGGAUGAUGUUGUUGUUGUUGUUGGUACUGUGAGCUAUACAAUUUUUCAUUGUAUUUCUUAUAUUUUCUUGACUGAAAACACAACUAUAUGUAUCUUGGGUUAUAUAUUUUCGUCCGAGCAUUGUUGUUGUAACUUAUUGAGUACCAACUUGGUAUGGAGAAAGUCUCAGACCAAGUAACGUCAGUGGAAGAAUUCCAGAAGAAAGUUGCCAAGAUGAAAGCUGAAUUCUUUUUGCCGCCACUUCGGGCACACAAGUAUACCCUUUUGGAUGUGAUAGGGGAGGGAGCAUAUGGGAUAGUCUGUUCAGCCAUCGAUAACACAACUGGUGAAAAGGUCGCCGUCAAAAGAAUCAUGAAAGUUUUUGACGAAAUUCCGGAAGCUGUUCGGAUAUUAAGGGAGUUGAAGUUUUUGCGGUUUUUGAGGGAACACGAAAAUAUCAUCAAAAUCAAGGAGGUGUUACUACCCGGAGAUAGGGACAACUUUAACGAUGUUUUUGUAGUGUUUGAACUCAUGCCCACUGAUCUGAAUAGAGUACUUCGUUCGAAAAUUGAAUUGUCAGGUGAACACAUUCGUUGGUUAAUGUAUCAACUGUUGAGAGGCAUUCAUUAUCUUCAUACUGCUCGUGUCUUUCAUCGUGACUUGAAACCCAACAAUAUAUUAAUCAAUGCAGAAUGUGACUUGCGCAUUUGUGACUUUGGAUUGGCACGUGCAGCAUUUGAUACGCAACCUGAUAUGGUAUAUUGGACAGAUUAUGUCGCAACUCGUUGGUAUCGUGCACCCGAACUUAUUAUGUCGUAUUAUACACAUUAUUCGACGGCAAUCGAUAUGUGGAGUGCAGGCUGUAUAUUUGCUGAAAUGCUCAACCACGGAAGACCAUUGUUUCCUGGUUUGAAUGGAUUCCACCAGUUAGAUCUGAUAACAAAGGUAUUGGGUACUCCCUCAAUGGAAGAUUUACAGCACGUGAGGAAUCCCAAAACAAAACAAUAUUUGCAGUCUCUUCCUAGAAGAGCACAAAGGCCUUUUGGAGAAAUAUUUGUAGGCGCUGAUCCUAGGGCAUUGGCACUAUUAGAACGUUUACUUCAGUUUGAUCCAACCAAGAGACCUUCAGCGAAAGAAGCCUUACAAGAUAUUUAUUUUCGAGAUCUAUACGAAGCUGAUCAUGAAAUAGUUGCAAAACCUUUACCAAGAAAUGAGUUUGCAUUUGAAGCGAAGAAACUAAGCAAAGAUGAAAUCAGAGUUUUAUUUUUGAGGGAAAUUCUUGAAUAUCAUCCCGAUAUUAAGAAUGAGUUGCAAGGUUGUGAACUUCAUUAUGAACUUCCUUCACAAGCAGAAGCUUUUAGACAGGCAGUGAAAUCCAAGUUAGGAGGCAACAAGUUGAGAAACUAUGAGUCUAUGCCCAAAGAGAAGUUAUCACAUCAUGUAUGGCGUGCGUAUAAUGACAUUUUAGUUGAAAACAAUUCUGGAAAGGUAGAAGAAAUGCAAGAAGGUGGUGCUGAACCAAUGAGUUUGACAAAUGUGGAUGCGGAACUUGUAAGUGAAAAUGAGAUACGGAAUGUGAUGGAUCGAGAUGGUCAAGAUUCUCACUAAGCGUGAAUCAUUCGAGUCUGCAGUGUACAGAUAUUUUUUUCCAGAGGGCAUUUUAUAAAAGCAAACAUAGAAUUUUUCAGUUAUCGUUGCCAAUGAACUCGAUAUGUUUAAUCUGAAACAUAUAUUUCUCUAGUCAUUUGCAACGACUAUCGUCCAAAACUCGGAUCAUCAACUCAUCCCAUUCUUUUAAGAUGAGUCAGUUUCAU